UUUAGUGCCUAAGCAAACAACGGCCUAUCCUUGACGGGGUUGGAAGACAUGCGGACAACAAUCCUUAGAGUACUUGUCCGGUAGCCACUUGGCCUCGCCGCCACCUGAAUCGAAUAUUAGUGACACUAUUUGUUACAACUCGUUUAAAGCAAAACAUUGUACAGCGGCUGUUACCACGGAUAAUUCCCCAGGGUGAUCCAGUCGAAGAGUAACUUUCUAAUAGGACGUUUACUGGCCACAUAGGAAAUAACAUCGUCAUGUAGCAGAUUGGAAUAAGUUUCAAAUAGCUUCUAAAAUGAACAGUGUUAGACCAUCUCUAGAACAAGACGGGGACUCGUAUCCACUACAGGAUAUUCAACACGCUCGAGGUGGGGCGUCAACGUCAAAUAGUCGUCGAAAUGUUGGAGAUGAUCACGUGAUAGGUGGUAUUCCUUCAAAUUGGGAUGUUGCAACCACUCCUACUGAUGAACAAAGAACUGAUGCGAAACAAGAGGUUAACAAGGUUGACACUAUUCAUGAUGAACCUUCUCAACAUAUAUACCAAAAUAAACAUAUAAGCAAAUCUGACCACGACAGUGAAUUGAAGAAUAUAGGCAACAUUAACAGAUCAGAAUGGGAUUCUGAUUCAGAUGUAGAAAAUAAGUACAAUGACAAGAUAGAAGAACGCGAAAGAGACGUAAGUGAUAAGCAUGUGAAAGGUAAAGAGAAAAGUCCUUUGGAGUAUAAAAGAGAUAGUGAUGGAGAAUAUACACCGGAUCUGCCUCCAGCAGAGAAACUACACGAGUCAUAUUAUGAAAGUCCUGACUCACCAGUUUCCAACUCUAGAAAAAGUUUGGUUUCUUUCCACCCACCAAAUCGUGUAAGUCCGUUUGAUGACAGUUCAAAGCCGAGGCCAAGAACUUACAUUAAAUCAAUGUCAGAAGAAGAUAUACGAAGGAAAAAAGAUAUCGUUAUUGGAGCUGAUGAUAAUACAGACGGUGCCGGGUGCUGUGGCUGGUUACUCUAUACUUUCUCAAUACUAGUGAUAGUCGUUACACUGCCUUUCUCUCUCAUCUUUUGUAUAAAGGUAGUUCAAGAAUAUGAAAGGGCUGUCAUUUUCAGGCUGGGACGAUUACCAUCAGGCGGAGCUAAAGGUCCAGGUAUAUUCUUCAUAAUUCCAUGUAUUGAGAGUUAUACGAAGAUAGAUUUGAGAACAGUUUCAUUUGAUGUGCCACCACAAGAGGUUUUAACAAAGGACAGUGUGACAGUCUCGGUAGAUGCCGUGGUAUAUUAUCGUGUGUCAAACCCUACUAUUUCUGUUGCUAACGUUGAAAAUGCUCACCAUUCUACAAGACUUCUUGCACAGACUACAUUGAGAAACAUCCUAGGCACUAAGAACAUGUCAGAAAUAUUGUCAGACAGAGAGAGUAUUAGUCAAGGCAUGCAGUCAACACUAGACGAAGCUACUGAUAGCUGGGGUAUCAAAGUAGAGCGAGUAGAAAUUAAGGAUGUGAGACUACCAGUACAGUUACAGAGAGCAAUGGCUGCAGAGGCAGAAGCUUCACGUGAAGCUAGAGCUAAGGUGAUAGCAGCGGAAGGAGAACAGAAGGCUUCCCAUGCACUGAAGGAAGCUGCUGAUGUUAUGGCAAAGUCUUCAGCUGCCUUACAGCUUCGAUAUCUUCAGACACUGAGUUCAAUCUCCGCGGAGAAAAAUUCAACCAUCAUUUUCCCUCUACCAAUAGACUUGUUAAAUGCAUUUAUAGAGAAAAAGAAGUAAAUUUUCAGGAUUUGUACUGUCACUUUAUAUUUGUUGAAUAGUUAUUUUGAUAAACAAGUCAACCUGUUAUAUGUGCAUUUGUCUUUAUUGUUGAAUAAUUGAUUUUAUGUUUAUAUAUUCUAACAUGUUAAAAUUUGUUAUUUGUUUAUCAAUUUAUUUAAUUUGAAUAGAUUUAAACUUAUGGUAAUGUUUAUAAUGUGCUUUUUUUGAAGAGGGUUUAUUGAUACCAAUUUUUCUGUAAAUUAAUAUUUAUUUUUGUACGGUUUUGUAUGGCAGCGUGCCAUACAAAACUAAUACAGAAUAUUUUUUAAAAGCCUAAAAUAUAAAAACUGUCCUGAACUAUAGGAUACCAUAAUAGAAGGCAAACUGCUUAGAGCUAUGUAUAACAUUUUCUGUUUCAAGUGUAAUGAAAUAUUUGCCAAAUGUUUUGACUUACAAGUUCCUCAAAGAUUGGAGCCAUGUAUAUGUUUUUAUAAUGUUAUUUCUUUUAUAGUAACAUGUUACGAGUAAGACUUGUGGUUAAUUUAAAGUGAAAUCAUUCUGCUUCAAUUUGGAUUAAAUGAUCAUUAUGUGUAAUCGUCAUGAAGUACAACCUUAAAAAUCUAACCUUGUAAUAAAUGCCUUCGUUUCGUGUAUCUAAUAUAUUAAAAUAAAAGUACAAAUGGAAACAUUCAUUAUGAUCUAAAUCUUAAGUACGCUAAUUAUUUAUUGUUUUAAUGGAGAUAAUUUGUUUAUAUAGAAUGUACAUAAUUUGAUGUAUAUGUUUUGACAAAGUUAUCAUUUGCCUUUCUUUAUUAUUAGCACUUGAAUACCACACUAUGCAUAUAUUUGUGUAUUAACUCGAACAAAACAGGAAAUUAAAGGUCACAACAAAUAAUUAAGCAGCGACACAAAAACAAUGUUAUUACAACAGUUGUAGACUUAUAAUGCAGAUUGCUUGUUAUAAGAAAUGCAUAUAGUUUAUAACAACAAACGCACGUUUACACACAUUUAACAAGAUAAAAUUAAUCGAAUCACAAGACAAUGUAGUUUUGUUAUUAUUUAAUCUAAGAGGUAAUUUUUAUAACGAU